UGAGUAAACUAAACAGAGGGAGUAACUUCUAGUAGGAAUUACUAAAACGGCGUAGUAAAGUACAAAUUAAAAAAGAAGUAUACACCGCUGCAAUUUACAACAGUCAAACCCUAGCCUCUAAAGCUCCCGCCGUGGAACCACCCAACCACCUCCGUCCGCCGUCGAGCCACCGCAAUCCGUCCACUGCAAAUGAUGUGAAGCAGAGGAGGCCAAAACCAAAUAGAAAGGAGGAAAGGGACUGCGUCAAAUCUGAGGAAGAAUGAGCGGUGGUCGACUUUGCACAUUGUUGGGAGAAUUGGGGUACGAAGGAUGGGAAGCAUUGGACCCUGAUAGCUUCGAAUGGCCGUUUCAGUAUGAAGACACUCGCCCCCUUCUCAACUGGAUCUGCUCCAAUCUUCGUACCUCCAAUGUCCUUUCCCUCUCUGAGCUUUCCCAGUACGAGCAGUUCAAGCAAGAAGGGAAGCUGUUAGAGGGUGAGGAUUUGGACUUUGCUUACCACAGCAUUUCUGCCUUCUCUGAAAGGAGAGACAAUCAGGAGGCGGUUUUUGGUGCUGAGGAGGGGGUGAAAGAUAUCAAAGAGGGAACUCUGGUGUAUAGAGAAGAGGCUUUGGCCUUGCAGAGGCAGCUGAGCCAUCUACAAUCUCAGUUUGACAUGCUUUCGGGGCAGGGCUCAGCCUUGACACAAGGAAGACGACCACGCCUUGCUGCAACUUCUAUUGUUAAAGGACACCUGUCUAAUAUUGACGAUAGCCUUUCUGUCCGAAACUUACAGAUGAAAGCCGUUCUUGAAAGAAUUGCUUCCACAGCGCAUGAGUUGGCACAUUAUCAUUCGGGAGAUGAAGAUGGUAUAUAUUUGGCAUACUCAGACUUCAACCAAUUCUUGCUUGGAGACUCUUCAUGUCUAAAAGAGCUAAAUCAGUGGUUUGCUAAGCAACUGGACACAGGUCCAUUCCGACUUGUUGCUGAGGAGGGGAAAUCUAAAUGCUCUUGGGUGAAUCUUGAUGAGAUCUCAAAUACCUAUGUUAGAGCAGAUUUGGAAAAAUCACAUCAUCAACGUGUAUCUGAGCUACGCCGGCUUCGCUCAAUAUUUGGAGUUAGUGAAAAACAAUGGGUUGAAGCACAGGUCAAGAAUGCCAAGCAGCAGGCUAUUUUAAUGACGCUUAAAUCACAAGUAUCAUCAGAUGAAGCUCAUAUUCAUCUUGAUCUUCAUUCUCUUAGGAGAAAGCAUUCAGAAUUGAAAGGGGAACUUUCAAAUCUUUAUAACCAUGAAGAGAAGCUGCUAUCAGAGACUAUUUCAGAUUUGUGCUGGGAGCUAGCUCAACUUCAAGAUACAUACAUUUUACAAGGUGAUUAUGAUUUGAAGGUCAUGCGACAAGAGUACUACAUUAAUCGGCAGAAAGCAUUCAUAAACCAUCUCAUCAAUCUCCUCGCCAGGCAUCAGUUCUUAAAGAUAGCCUGCCAAUUGGAAAAGAAGAACAUGCUUGGAGCAUUUUCGUUGCUCAAGGUUAUUGAGUCUGAGCUUCAAGCAUACUUGUCUGCAACUGAGGGACGGGUGGGUCAUUGCUUGGCCCUGAUCCAAGCUGCCUCUGAUGUUCAAGAACAAGGAGGAGUACAUGACAGUGAUCAUUUUUUGCAUGCUAUUAGAGACCUGCUAAAAAUAUAUUCGAAUACACAAGUUUCACUGUCGACAUAUGUAUCAGCUCCUGGCAUUGUCAAGCAGAUCUCAGCUCUUCAUUCGGAUUUGAUGAGCCUUCAGUCCGACCUUGAGAAUUCUCUUCCCGAAGACAGAAAUAGGUGUAUUAAUGAACUGUGCAACCUUAUUCAAAGCCUGCAACAACUGCUCUUUGCAUCUUCAACUACAGCACAACCAAUACUGACCCCUCGGCCAUUAAUGAAAGAGCUUGAUGAAAUGGAAAAGAUUAAUGCUAAGCUGUCUGCUGCUGUUGAAGAGGUGACACACGAGCAUGUCAAGAAAAAUGAGAUUGUAAAACAUCAUUCACAAGAAAUUGGACUUCAAAGACGAGUCUUUGUUGAUUUCUUCUGCAAUCCUGAGCGAUUAAGAAGCCAAGUCAGGGAACUGACUGCUCGGGUCAGAGCCUUGCAAAUUUCAUAGCAAUCCAAGUAUUAUCCUUUGUUUCACUCUCUACUUGUGUUAUUAUUAUUAUUAUUAUUUUCUAUAUGGUUUCUUAUCCAAAUGGGCAAUGUGCUGUCGUUUUUUUAUACAAGUGUUUUUCUUGUCCAGAUUGAUUUAACUUUCUAGUAUGGAGCGUUGGCUCAAGCAAUAUUCUUUCCUUUCUUUUCUUGAUUUUAAAAGGAUGCAAUCAAAUACUUCUUUCAUUAUGGUAGUGUAGAUAUUUGUUAGUGUAUGCUGUAUCAUCCCUCCCUAUGAAAAUUGGAAUUGUUGUACUUUACAUGUGCAAAUUAGCAAAUACAUUACAUAUAUAUGUAGAUGAAAAACUGUGAUUAAAGAAUUGGCAUGUUCCGCUUGCCCGAGUAAUUGAUGAAUUACUUCUCAACCCAAA